AUGGCCACUGCAGCAGUUACUGUUAUCAAACCUAACGGACCCCUUCCGGGUGUUCAGUCUUCGGAGAACUCCAAUGAGUUGCCCCGACCUUACAAGUGCCCUCUUUGCGAUAAGGCUUUCCACCGCCUAGAGCAUCAGACCCGACACAUCCGCACUCACACUGGCGAGAAGCCUCAUGCCUGCCAAUUCCCCGGCUGCAGCAAGAAGUUCUCCCGAUCUGAUGAGCUUACCCGUCACUCUCGUAUUCACAACAACCCCAACUCAAGGCGAGGUAACAAGGCCGCCCAGGCACACCAGCAGCAGCAGCAUCAAAUGCACCAGCAGGGCAUCCCGCACCAUAUGCUUCCAGAUGGAAUGAUGGCGCCGCCUCCUGCCCCCAAGACAAUUCGCUCUGCUCCCGGCUCUGCCUUGGCCUCGCCUAAUGUUUCUCCCCCUCACUCUUACUCUACCUUCGCCUUGCCGGUUUCUGCUGUUCACUACAACCGUGGCGGCGAUAUCUCCAUGCUGGCUAAGGCUGCUACUCAGGUUGAGCGCGAGACUUUGACAGCCCCUCCUCACCACAACAACCACCGUCACCACCCUUACUUUGGCCACGGAAUGCACAGCUCCCGAGGCCACUUGCCUACGCUUUCCUCUUACCAUAUGGGUCGCUCUCAUUCACACGAGGACCCCAGCGAUGACCAUUACUCUGGUGCCAUGCGACAUGCCAAGCGCUCAAGGCCCAACUCCCCCAACUCAACAGCUCCUUCUUCGCCAACCUUCUCUCACGACUCUUUGUCCCCUACUCCCGACCACACUCCUAUCGCCACUCCCGCUCACUCUCCCCGUCUGCGACCAUUCUCCUCUGGUUAUGAGUUGCCCAGUCUCCGAAACUUGUCUCUCCAGCACAACACGACGCCUGCUCUGGCUCCUAUGGAGCCUCAUCUCGAGCAGAGUCAGUUCCAGCAAGGAGCUGCCCCCACCACACAGCCUCGCCCUACAGGCAUGUCUUUAACGGACAUUAUCAGCCGACCCGAUGGAUCUCAAAGAAAACUUCCAGUUCCUCAGGUUCCCAAGGUUGCUGUUCAGGACCUCCUUUCUGACAACGGAUUCAGCCACAGCGGCAGAAGCUCAGGCACUAGUAGUCUGGCUGGCGGUGAUCUCAUGGAUCGAAUGUAG